AUGGCAUCCGGAGAUCCAGCAGAAAAUGAAAAUUCCGUGACAUUAUUUCUUAAAUAUAAACAGGAAUUUGAAGAUGUUAUCUUAGAUAUUUAUAAUAACAAGUCGGGGGUAAAAGGUGAAAAUCCUGGAAAGAAAUGUGCUGCACAGUUGAAUCAUUACCCUAAUUUUACUAAUCCAUGCCAAGAUGUUGGUAGAUAUUUAAUUGAAAUAAAGGAGCACUAUAAAGAUGAUAGCCUCAAACGUUGUAAAUACUUAAAUUAUAAGAUAAAUUCAGAUAAUAAUUAUAAUGAGAAACCUGAAUGGUUUCAGGGAUAUAAUGAAUUUUCAUCCCUGUUAGGUAAUAUAUGUGUCCAAAAAUUCACAGUAAUUCAACCUGAUAUUUUAAAAAAACUUAAAGAUUUAUACAUUAAUUAUGAUGACUUUGAAAAAUUUAAUGGUCAAGACAAGGAUACUAGUGGCAAUAUUUGUAAUAAUAUUAGAAAUCUUUAUAGCUUUUAUAUGAAUAAUUACGAAGAAUGUCAAAGAAAUAAUGAAGGUCUAUUUUGUGAGGAGCUAAACAAUUUUAAGAAAGCAUAUGAUUAUAAAAUGAAUAAUUUCACUCCAUGCAAUGGUUUACCACAAACGUUACCACAAAUAGAAAAAACUUCAACACAAAUAUUAUCACCUAAAGAAGAAGUAGAUUACUUAUUUGUUCCCAUUAUAACAACAGCUAUCGUAUUACUAAUGUCUUUCACUAUAUUAUUUUUAUAUAAGUUUACUCCACUGAAAUUUUGGACAUAUAAUCGUUUACGAAAAAAAAAAAUUAUUGAACUUAACAAAUUUCAAGAAGAAUCGAGUGAAUCCUUACAAAACCUUCAUGAAGAAGUGAAUAGAAAUUAUGAAGGAAGUUCUCAUAACAUAUCCUAUCAACCUCAAGGACACACUUGA